GCAGAAACAAAUAAAAUUAUAAGAAACCAUCUGUCAGAGUUAAAAAUAUAAUUAAUUUAUAUGUGGAAACGGUUUCAUUUGCAGUAUUUAGAAACAUGGUGGACAAUAAUAUAAAGAGCUGGACAAUAAAUAUUAUCUUGAUAGUCUUUUUUACAUAUAUAAGUUGUGAUAAUGUAAAUAAUGGAGAUAUUUUGGAAAGAUGCCCGCGGAUUUAUCCGCGAGUUUUCAAUGGAUUUGCGCCCAUCGGAAAUUAUAGUGCUGGGAAUUUUUCUGAAUAUAAGCCUUCAAAAGACAUAGAUCAAUGUGUAGCUUCUUGUUGUCUAGCCGAUAAGUGCCAUGUAGCUCUACAACACAAUACAACUUGUUAUCAUAUAUCAUGUGCAACAAAUCAACUUUGUUUGCCUUUAUACAGAGAAUCACAAGCAUCAAUUACAAAAAUGGUUUUGGUUAAUACUAUAUCUGAUGAUGAUUAUACAUGGAAAAAGAUAAUAGCAGAAUCAAAUUUAAAUGAUAACAUAGAACUGGUUGAUCACUACAGUGAUGAUGAGCUUGACAACACUGAUCAUCAAAAUAGAUACAGAAAUAAAUUUAAAUAUUCAUACAAUGAUGAAAUACUAAAUCCUUACAUUUCUAAACCUUCAGAUAGAUACUUUGAUAAUUUACAAUAUACUCGUUUUGAUGAACAAUAUCCUAGUGAUGAUAUGAUUAUGGAAGGUUCGAUGUUGUCUAAAGUAACUGUAAAACCUUGUGAAGUAGGAAUUGUAGUAGAUUGUCCUAGGAAUGAAGAUUGUUAUCCCAUUCAACCAAAAUCUAGAUCAGGUAUCUGUAAUUGCAUUAAUGGUUAUGUGAGGCGAGAUUCUGGAGUAUGCGAAAUUGAUAAUGAUAGAGUUUCUACAAGCAAUGAAAUAAAAACAAUUUCAACAAAUUUGCAGAUGACUAAUAGCAAUAAUAACUCAAUAGCUCCAAAUACACCUUCUACAACAUCAAAGCCAGAAUUAGCACAGAAGACCUUGAAAGUUUCUGUGAUGAACAAAGAAGUACGUCUUCCUGAAAAUGAAGUUACGCUCUCUGCUUAUACUAUUCCGAAUGUGAAUUCAGACAAAACAUAUGAAUUUACUUGGACUUUAGUUUCUCAACCUGAAAGAGGAAAUAUUGGUACUAUGACAGAACAGACUGGUGGGACAAUUAAACUUUCUCAAUUGACCGAAGGACUAUAUAGAUUUAAAGUGUCUGUAAAAGGAGAUGGUGCUUAUGGAGAAGCAUUUGCAAAUGUUACUGUUUUACCAAAGAACAGAAUAAAUAAAGCACCUAUAGUAAUAAUUACCCCAACUAGUCAAACUGUAAAACUUCCAAAUACUGGUGCAGUUUUGGAUGGAAGCACCAGCUUUGAUGAUGAUGGUAUUGUACGUUGGCAUUGGGAGCUCCAACAAGGUCCAUUAGGUUACCAACCCAAUUUACCCGAAACCCCAACUUUACAAUUAUCAGAUUUAACAUUACCAGGAAAUUACACUUUUAAAUUAACUGUAGAAGAUACGGAUCAUGUUCUAAAUUCUACAACUGGUAACAUUACUGUAAUUAAAGGAAUUGAUUACCCUCCAAGUGCAAUUGCUGGUGAAGAUGUUAUAAUAUAUUUACCACACAAUAAUUUAACUUUGAAUGGAAAUUUAAGUACAGAUGACAGGGAAAUUGUUACUUGGCAGUGGACUAAAGCCAGCUCUGAUCAGUCUAAAGCUGUUGACAUGCAGGAUACCAGAACACCUUAUUUGAAGUUAUCAAACUUAGAAGAAGGAAUGUAUACUUUUGUUCUCAAAGUAACUGACUCUAGUGAUCAAUCUAGUGAAGCUGAAGUACACGUUUUUGUGAAACCACCAAGUAAUAAACCGCCAGAGGCAAAUGCUGGAAAUGAUCAGUCAGUUAUCCUUCCACAAACAUGGAGUGUACUCAAUGGAACUUUAUCAAAAGAUGAUGAUAAAAUUGUACGUUAUGAAUGGUCCCAAGUUUCUGGCCCUUCUAACAGCAUUAUUUUAAAAAAUAAUGAAUCAUUGGCCAAUGCCACUAGUUUAACAAUUGGUACAUAUAUUAUGCAACUAACUGUGACUGACAAUAGUGGUAAUAAAGCGAGUGAUACAAUGACAGUAACAGUUUUACAAACUCAAAAUAGUAGACCUGUGGCAAAUGCUGGUGGAGACCAGAGUUUAACACUGCCCUUGAAUUAUCUAAUUUUAAAUGGUUCUAAUUCACAUGAUGAUUUGAAAAUUACUAAUUGGACUUGGAGUAGAGACGGUGCGUCUCUUGCUGCUGGAAGAAUUUUAGAAGGGAUGAACAGCUCCAUUCUUAAGUUAACUGACUUAGUGGCUGGGAGAUAUGUAUUCAAGCUAAAGGUCACAGAUGCGCAAGGUUUAUCAAGUGAAGAUGCAGUUAGUGUUAUAAUACAUCCCGAUCCUCUAAGCUUACAUUUAGUGCAACUGACCCUAAAUGCUGACGCUGGAAUGCUUACUGAAUCACAGGUGAAAGCAUUUGAACAAAAACUUCAACUAUUACUUGGAGUGGACACCAGUCUCCAUAUCCGAGAUCUUACACAAGAAUUGCAUACAGGACGAACUAUCUUGCUAUUUUAUGUUGAAAAAAAUGAUACGGUAACUCGCAAAUCAUCAAUAAUGCCUGGCCCUGCAGUUGUGGCUAUGCUGAAGAAUCGUUUUAGACAAGACACUGGUCUGUUAGAGAUAUCAGUGAUUCAGAUUCGUACCUUGAUAUGCCAAAAUUCUUGCUCCGGGCACGGAGUUUGUGAUCCAGACACCAGAACCUGCUUAUGUGAAGCAUUUUGGAUGGAAGAUUAUUUUGCUAAAUAUUUUAGAGGAAGCGAAAGCAAUUGCGAUUGGUCCAUACUGUAUGUUGUUCUUAGCAUAUUUAUAGUUACAGUUUGUGUGGUUGGAGGUCUAGCCUGUCUUUGCCAUAAACUAUGUUUGAGUAGACCAGGCGCUAACAAAAAAUAUAAACUGAUAGGUGAUAAGGAUGAAACGCCAAAUUUCUCAAGAAUGAUAUCGCAAUCGGAUAGUGACACCGAGUCAGAUGUUUUGUUCGAAAGUCGAACGAAAAACGGACGUUUGAGCAAUGGUGAUACUAGCAGAAAUGGAAAUCAAAAAAAUGGAUUCAUUAAAAUGGGCAGAAGAAUCAAAACUUGAAGUGCAGAGCAUUGAAAAAAGAGAUGUCAGCUGGUGCAGAGACUGUUUCCACUUUUGAAUCAGUUAAGUACAUAUUGAGAAGUUUUUCGUGCAUUCAGUUUGUGAGGAAGUCAAAUUGGAAAAUAUUAAUG